AAAAAAUAUGUAAUGAAAGCACAACUUGGUGCGGGGAAAGGAAAUUAUUUUGAUGAUCAAAUGGCUAAUAUGUUGAGCCGUAUGAGUGUGAAGGAACGUGGGGCAUAUAUUUUACAACAAAAGAUUUGGCCUGUUGUGGCUAAGAAUUACAUGAAACGUCCAUUUGAAAAGCCUACACUUGAAGAUAUAGUUAGUGAGGUAGGAAUUUAUGGUACUUUCAUUGGCAAUCAAGAAAAUGGAGGCAAAGUUCUUUGGAAUAGAGUGGAAGGUUAUUUGGUUCGUAGUAAGGCUCAUAAUGUCAACCAGGGAGGUGUUAGUGAAGGUGGUGGUGUUGUGGAUUCUUUGAUUCUCUUUCCGGAAAAUGAAUUAAAAUAUUAA